UGAGGAGCAAGCAAGCAGGCACCGCGCGGUGCGCGUGAGUCGGCGCGAUGGAACCGGCUCGUUCCGCGUAGUGGUGCCAUGGAACCCAUCUUUGCCUCCGACGACAUGCACGUGAGCGCCAACGGCGGGGCAGCCUUCAGCGCGGCGGCCAGCGCCGGCCACGCCGUCCACGCGGUCAGCAACAUCAGCUCCUGGGGCAACGUGAUCGCAGCCAACGCCAGCAGAGCACGCAAGCUGGCCCGCAGGGACGACCUCGCCGCGGCAAAGGUGGUGGGCAUCUGGCUAGGCUGCUUCUUCAUCAUCUUCCUGGUGGUGGGCAUCCCGAACUACAUCCAGAAGAAAAUGCGCGAGGCGCAGGAAAACAACGAACGGGCGUCGGCGCACGGGGGACUUGAGCGGCGGCUCUCCACGGGCGAGCUCCGGAGUGCCGAGUGACCCCGCUGGCGGCGCUGGCCGGGAUCGCAUGGACGACGACGCGCGACCCAACAGAUCCAGCCGCCGAGAUUGGGCCCCCACGCGCAAGGAGGCAGAAAGUGCCGCCGCUGUGCGAUACCGCGUCACCUACAUCAGCGGUGUCGGUUCGACUGCCAUAACGCCCUUGACCGUGUCUCAGGCUCAGACGUCAGCGACAUGACGAUACUACACGUGAAGUUCCCGCCGCCAAGGAUCGCACGCAUGCGCUGUGGUGACAGGCCGAUGUGCUCCACCGCGGGCGAAGUCGCGCAGCCGUCCCCUCGAGUUCAAAUGAAUGAGCCCACAAUAAAUCUUUUCUUAAAAAAACGGAGAUGGAGAUAGAUAGAUAUAUAGACAGAUAGAUAGAUAGAUACGCAGGUUGUCACGGCUCAAGAUUGCCACUUUUCUUGGCAACCACUACACCAAAUUUGAUGAGGUUUGUUGCAUAUAAAAGGCUGCUAAUAUUUUAUAUAUAAAUUGAAGAUAGCAAACUUUCAGAAUAUGAGACUACCAAAUUUACAACUCAACAAUGAAAAGUUAUAUCACAAUUCUGUAAAUUACAUAAUACAUCUAAAGCGGACGACAUUGGUAUAUACAUGCUUCUUAAGUGCACCACUAAUAUCUGAGUGAAUUUCUCGCAAAACAUUUUUUUUCGUAACAAAUUCACGUGAGACAAAUUAAUAUAUCAAAUUUGCGCACUUUGGUCGUUCCAAAGGAUAUGUAGUUUACAUGAACUGCGAUAUCUGUCAUCCAUGCAGAGUUAGAUUGGUAAACUUCGUACUUCGAGUUUUUUUCAAAAUGACCAAUUUUCGGCAAUUUUUUGUUAAAAAAGUAAUGUCCUAAAUCAAAAUUUUGCUUCCAACAAUUACCAGAAUUUGUUUCUCGAAUUUAUUUAUUCUCGAAUUUAUUAAUGAAAUAUUACAAUAAGCCGCUCAAGUAGUGCCCCCAAGCUGUUGGCUAAAAUGCGCAUGCGCACCCAGAAUUUGCCGUUUCAAGUUGCUUUAAUCAAGUGUUUCACAUUUUGCUACCAAAUACAUGCCUGCGCUGUGAGCAAACAAAUUCUUGCAUCACUGCAACUGAUAUAAUCUUGGGUCUUGCAUUUUAAGUUUUGUUGCAGCAGCCAAAUACUGCAUAGGCGACCAAUUGUUCGAUUUACUUCAUUAUAUCCAAAAUAUUCACAGAUGAUAACAAUACUCCCUAAUGCAAAACUUUAGCGCAGCUCUCUAUGUGUUUUCAUUUCAUGACAUUGUAAUGAGGCAAAGAAUUUGAGAGGGACAUGUAGCGGAGUCGGCAAUCGUCGAAAAUUUGAUCUGCGGGUCAAGCGCGUCGGCUUUCAUACAUGACUCGUCAAAGGCUGCAGUGUAAUCGCUGGUGUCAUGCGACUUCCAGAAAGUACUACACGAUUCAUGUUGUGCAUAAAAUCAGGUUACAAAACAAUCGCAAACCAUCACAAUCGAAGCAAGUGUGAACAAGACCAAGCCAAGUAAACCAAAUAAGCACUAGCGAGAGCUGACAAUAGUAUAAAAUGAGCGGUCCGGCUGAGACCAGUUACGAGCACACACCGAGCGGUUGGGCGGGUCCGCAUGGAACCAGUUUCCCACACACACGCCACUGAAGGGGCCACUCUCAUUGGUCUCCGCUAUUCGCAGCUCGUGUCUUUCGUAUCCCACUCCGCAUUCGCUUUUUCAUGUUUCGCUGCUCGUUCACUCAGUUGUGCUGUCGAUGCAUCCGAUGCCAAUGUUUGCCACAGGAACGGCUGCCUAAGUACUGCGCUCUAAAAUUAAUUAUAUCUCUGUUAUGUUACGUUUCAUUACCAAGACAUCCCAGCACGCCUCAACAACAUUAUCGGUGGGCCCCUCCCGCAGUCGAAUUUUGUAGGUGUAAUGCUUGUUAAAGCAUCACAGCUUAAAGCUAGAUAUAUUGCUGCUCAAAUGAACAAGCUUGGGAGCGUAGGAUUAGCGACACACACUGAUAAUGUUAAACAGCAGUAAUGGCACUUGCAGCAG